GCUCUGAAAACUCUGACACAGAUGAAAUUCCUCAGGAACAGAGAGCUGCAAUUCAGGACACCUAUGGGUGUAUCAACUGGAAUGUAAAAUUCCUUCCUCUUGGAGAAACUGCUGAAAGUCAGCAACAGAAGAAGGACAAGCUCAAGAUGAUGUCUCUGCAGAAGGAGGCCAAUCCUGAGGAGAUGAAACAAUUACUGAGGACAACUUUCUACUCACAGCGCAAAGAUAUUAACCAGGGGAAAAGCAUUCAAGAUGUCUUGGAAGCCUGGCCUGUUUUAUUUCAUGACAUUGGGAUGGCUGUACACUACAAGGAACUUACUGGACUUGGAUUGAAGGAAACCUUCAUGAGGAACAUGGAUAUGAAGGGAAAAAGACUGCUGAACUACAUGAACACUGUUUGUGUGAACAAAAACAAAAGGUUUUUCCAGGCUCAGACAAAGUUGAAGAUGUUAAGGGGAGAACUGGACGGUUACUCUGAAGAUGUUAAAGAGCUGAUGCUCCUACUUCUCUGCUACUUCAAUGAAAAUGAAGAAGCAAUGUUCUUCUGUGUGGAGGACACAUGCCUAGCUGAAGAAGUACAGAUGGAGAAUGUCUCCUUGACUCCCACUAUCAUUGUGUGUGGUCAAUCCUGCUUCCAUGCUAAACGAUUCAUGCUGAGUGUGGAUCAACAGAUUGGAAACAACAACAUCUCCUGUUUUAUUUCUGCCCUCUGCAUGAUGUUUGGGAGCUAUUAUUGUUUUAACAUACAUUAUCCAUCGGGGCUGGCGUCUACACUGGAGUUUCUGCAGAGGUGUUUCUUCUCAAUCAACCCAGACAAGGGCAGUAAGGUGGAAGAAACCCGUAAACCCAGACUGCGUGUGAACCCCCGUGUACUCACCUUGAUCCAGGAACUUUCGGAUCAUGAGUGGCGUGAUGUUUGAGAAAGGACUAAAGUCAGUGAGUUAUCAAGACAGUGUUUAAUCUUAACAGAGCUGAAUAGAUUUGUAAAUGUAUGUUGCAUCUCACACCGUGUCUGCUGAAGUUAAAAAAGUUGAAAAGACAUAUUUAUAUUUGUUCAGUGGCUGAAUUUUGCUCAA